AUGAUCAUCGCAACGGUGAAAAAACUAGCGACUAAUAGAAAUUGGACCGUUUGCUGUACAGCUUCGUUCAUGUUUCUACGCGAAUCGAGUUCCGUCGAUCGUGAAAGUGUUGUUUCGGGAGCGGAUCUCGUCGAUUGUGAAAGCGUUGUUUCAGGAGCGAUCCUCGUCGAUUGCGAAAAUGUUGUUUCGGGAGCGGUUCUCAUCAGUUGUGAAAAUGUUGUUUUGGGAACGAUUCUCAUCGAUUGUGUUGGUGCUGUUCCCGGAGCGGUUCUCGCCAAUUGUGAAAAUGUCGUUUGGGGAGCGGUUCUCGGCAAUUGUGAAAAUGUUGUUUUGGGAACGGUUCUCGUCGAUUGUGAAAAUGUGGUUUCGGGAGCGAUUCUCGUCCAUUGUGGAAAUAUUGUUUCGGAAGCGAUGCUCGACGGGAAAUUUAUCGUUGGUACGUUCAUCGUUGGUUCUGGGGGAUGGUAA